AUGCAUGUUUAUUUUAAAGGAAAAUCCCACCUGGCCAUCGUCCAGAAGGUGAACAACGAGGGGGAGGGAGAUCCCUUCUACGAGGUGUUGGGGCUGGUCACCCUCGAAGACGUCAUCGAAGAGAUUAUCAAAUCAGAGAUUCUGGAUGAAUCGGAUCUUUACACUGAUAACCGCAACAGGAAAAAAGUGGCGCCCAAUAAAAACAAGAUAGACUUCUCCGCCUUCAAGAACGAGAGUGAAUCAAAAGUGAAGUGCUCUCCUCAGCUGCUGCUGGCCGCACAUCGCUUCCUGGCUACAGAGGUGAGCUUGUUCAGCCCAUCUCAGAUCUCAGACAAGGUGCUGCUGCGGAUCCUGCGCCACCCCGAUGUGAUCCAGGAGAUCAAGUUCAGUGACAGUGACAAGCGUUCGCUCCAUCACUACGUCUACCAGAGGAGCAAGCCCGUCGACUACUUUGUUCUCAUCCUGCAGGGGCGAGUGGAGGUGGAGGCCGGCAACGAGAACAUGAAGUUUGAGACCGGACCUUUCUCCUUCUACGGAGUCAUGGCGCUCAAUGCUCCCACACUGGAGUUCCGUUCUCCGUCCCACAUCAGCGGGUUGAACCGCACAUCCUCUCUGAGCGGAGCGGACCGCACGGAGUCGCUCUCCAUCAGCGGCAGCAACAGCCAGCUCAACAGCAGCCUCCCAUCGCAGCAGUACACGCCCGACUUCUACGUCCGAGCGCUCACAGACCUGCAGUUUGUCAAGAUCACACGGUCCCAGUACCAGAACGGACUGAUGGCGUCCCGUCUGGACAGCACCCCCCAGUCCCCGGAGAGCGGCCACAACUCCAUUCGGAUGGAUCAGACCACCCCCCCCGCCACGGCCAACACCACCAUCACGAACCUGGGAGGGGACUCCCCCCCGACAGAGAACGGGCCGGACGAGACCACGCUCCUCCUCCUCAACGAGCAGAACUCACCGCACACAGCCAACCACCACAGCCCCCUGGAAAACAGCAUUUGACACCCCCCACCCCGUCUACACCCCUAGUUUGCACGCAUGCACUACUCCAUCGAAAAUAUGCUGAAGAGGGAAGGAGUGAGUGAGUGAGUGAGUGUGUGUGUGUGUGUGUGUGUGUGUGUGUGUGUGUGUGUGUGUGUGUGUGUUCAACCAAACGGCCAUCACCAGACUUGGUGGGAACUGAAACCAAAAGAGGGAAGCUUGAUCACAUUCUGACUAGAAAAUACUUUACAAAAUCGGAGACUUUAUUUAUUGAGUUCAAUGUGUGUGUACAUAUAUUAUUGUCAAUAAUGGGGGGACGAGAAAUGUGAUUUAAAUGUUUGCCUCAAUGUGAGAUUUUACAUGGUGAAUAUUUCUUCAGUGGUUAUGUAUGGGUUUCCCUUUUUUGUUAAUCAGAUCUGGGGAAGGGUGGUCACGCUGAACAGCAGACCUUAACAUUUAUUGAUGUUUGUAUAUCUGUAGCUAAACACACCUCUCAGCCUCGACAUCACCCACAUUUGUUCAGAAGUACGGGAAGCAAUGUUGUAUAUUUCUUUUGAUUUUCACAAUGCCUGUUUUUCACAGAACUGCACACACUCCAGUUGUAUUUUACUGUACUUUCUGAGGAGAUUUUAAAGGAAAGGUCUUUCCUAAAACUCAUAAAUGUUGUGUCUUGUGACCGAUUUUUCGUU